UAAAAUUUUUCUGUCAAACUGUUAAUAUUUUAGUACAUUCACCAUGAGUAAUAUGACUAACCAACAAACCAAGAAAACGGGUCUUGUUUCAUCGGAUUUUGAAGUUUUUGGGAAAGUGCAGGGUGUGUUUUUCAGGAAGCAUACCCAGAGGCGUGCUUCCGAAUUGGGUCUGAAGGGAUGGGUGAUGAACACUGCUCAAGGCACUGUCGUGGGGCAAAUGCAGGGUAAUCCAACCGCCAUCGAAGACAUGAAAAUCUGGCUCCAAAAAAUUGGAAGCCCUAAGUCAAAGAUCGAGAAAGCAUCGUUUAAGAACGAGACCAAGAUACCCAAUUGUGCGUUUAGGUCUUUUGAGAUACGUCGAUGAAACACUGUACACUUUUUUAUAUAUUUAUAUGUCUAAAUAAUUUGUAUUGGUCCGAAUAAACG